GUCCUCGCGGGGCUCCCUAGGGAUGGCGGGGGUGGGGUGUCCAGCACCAGUAGAGUCCCUGAAGCCCCCACCCUGCGGCCGAGUCCCAAGGCUGGAGGAGGUCCUUCCAGUCACCAGGUACAGCCCCAGGGGGCUCCUGCCUUGGUCUUCUUAGCCCGCCGGUCCCCGCUCUAAUGACAGGGCAGCUGCGGGCGACUCAGCCUCGGACUCAGCGUGGCCUCGGCUCGGCCCCCACUUCCUGCCAUGGUGCGGACUCCGCCUGCCCCGGGGCAGGAAGGUGGGGUCGCGCAGGGACCCUCCUCCGGCUGGGAAGGGGCAGGAAAGGGGCGGAGCGCGCAAAGAAUGUGCGGAAGCGCCUGUUUACCCGAGGGCGGGGCGGCCUCUCCAGCCCUGCCCCUGAUCGCCCCCCGAAGUGGACCCGAGAGCUAGUGCCCCCACCGCGAGAGGCCAAGGGAGGUUACGGGGCGGGGCAGGGAGAGCCCUGUGGAGCUACCGGACAGGCCCGGCCGGCGCGGGCCUGGCUGCUGCGACUCCUCCGUCCAGAGUAAACUGCUCCCCUAGCUCCCACCCGCUCCCAGGCGCUGCGACGCCAGGGCCUCGGGGCUGGGUGCCGGGGGUUUCCCAGAGUGGGGGGCAGUUCUGAGAAGUGCCCCGCCUCCUUCACUUUCCUGUGGUGGCUGAAACCUGGAAACUGAGUCACGGACGCACCCCUUCACCCUUGCCUUUGGCAAGGAAGGAUCCUUGGCAAAUCCCACCCGCUCCGGCGAAACACGCAACCCCUGGCCCCCAGAAUCUGGCCUGCAUCCAACGUGGCCAACCCCGAGACUUCGCAGCCCCAGGCUGGGUCCUACCUUUCUUCUUGGCGCUCAUGCGCUUCAGGCUUCCUUCCUCACUUUCUGCAGCUCCUUUCAAAAGGACCACCAGGGCUCUCCACUCCAAGGCCAGAUCCACGUUGAAUCAUGUGACUCAACUUGUGCCCAAUUCCCACACUAAGAAGGUGCAGAUCUCAAAAGCCACUGAGUUCCAGGAGAGCAAGGCCAUACUUGGGAGUCACCACAGUGAACUAGUGGGUUUUCGGUGGACACAACAUCUUUUGUUUGUAUGUGGUGCUGAGGAUCGAACCAGGGCUUUAUGCAUGCCAGGUAAGCCCGCUACCUCUUGAGCCACAUCCACAGCCCUGCAUAAAAUAUUAAUUGCUGAGACCUUGUUCCUUCUUGCCUACACCCCUUUCCUUUGUCCCAGGCCUUUGGGUCACAGUUGAGGAAAGCUGCUAGGAUCCAUUCCCUGAAAGACCUGAGCAGGAUACAAGCUGCCAUUUUCAACCUUUGUAGCAUUGCAGGCUCUAUGACAAAAAUUCUGGGUUGGGCCUGCAGACACAAUGUGUCUUACUGCUGUAGUAAGGUAACCGGAGUGGGAGGACCUGGGAUUUUGGUAGCAUUUAGGAUUUCCUUAGGUUGGUGAUAGCCCUUCCAGUUCAUUCCUCUUCUAGACUGCUCUGAACAUACUGACCUGGUGCCAGGCUCUGGCUGAAGGCAAGGAAGGCAUCCUGUGUGCCAGCAUCCAUUCCAGGUAUCUGCCUUGAAUGGAGGGUUACCAAUAGUCUUUGAGCAUUCUAGAAGGUCUUAUCUUUAAAUCCAAUGGUGGGAAAUAGAAAAGACUCAGAAUGUCCCUAAAGGACCAGUGAGAAAACGCCCUUUGGAGUGAGAAGUAUACUGCAGGAGGGAAAAGACCCCUUUGUUUUUACAGAACAUCCAUACCCUCUGGUUUCUCCUCCCUGGAGUCAAGGCCCCAGCCUCAGCAGAAAAGAGAAAGCACUGAAGUGAGCCACCAGGCCUUUUACAGCCUCUGGGAUAGAAAGGAGCAUUUCUUCAGGCAUCCUGCUCAGAACAGCCUGUGUGGACUUGGUCUGCAGACCCUGACAGCCCUUUCAUCCUUUCCUGCUGCCUUGGGACAGCCUUGUUUGUGCACUGGGUCCUCCACGCUGAUUCAGUCUGCAUCCUUUUACCAAAUGGACACAUGCGAGAUUAAAAAGCCCUCCAGAGGGAUGAGAGAAGGCAGGGGCAGGUGGGGUCCUAUGUCCUACCAUGUCCACAAAUGGGCAGUCCUCACCACAGCCUCAUGCUCAUGAGACCAGGCGUGGGCAGAAGCCUAACAACACAAGUAUAAGGGAGCAGCCAUUAGCACUAAUGAGGCAGGCGGCCUGAAAGCUUUUUACUCGGAAGCUGCUUGCCCACCCAGGGAACAGUCCGUCCGUUCAGCUCCCUUAGUUUCCAGGAACCCUGCGCAGAAAGGGAUUUGGGAACAGGAGAAGGGGGUGGGGAUCUUGGAGAAGCCUGGAGAGAGAAGAGGGAGGGAUGGCAGUCCAGAGAUGUAGGCAGAGGGCCUGUUUUUGGCUAGGUGAGCUUCUUCCACUCUUCUCUCCUCAAAGAAACCCAAGGUCUAGUUCUGUACCCCAUCCUUGUACCACAAUAGCCACUAGCCCAUCACUCCCUUCAAUGCCCUUGACCCAAGUUCCUGGAAACAAAGGAAACAACAUGCUUUAUAGGGGCUGAGUGAGCAUUUCCGGGGCCACAAAUUAAAUUAAACUCUCCUGGCCGCCUGCCUUGUUAUUGCUAAUGGCUCCAGCCCAGCGCAUCCCCUAGGUCCUGGUCCUAUGGAAAUUUUGGGAGCCUGGAUACCCUAUCUUGUUUCUAAAUAUUAAUUGGUUCCUGGAGGCCUCACCCAAAAUUGGAGAUGGCCACUCCUCUAGUAGAGUACCAAAGUCUUGAGUUCCAGUGAGUGAGCCUGAACUGUGCCCCCACCCUCUAAAGAGGGCCCCUCAUGCCUUAGCUGUAGGGUAGAGUCACGUGUGGGUCCUUCAUUAGACCCUGACAUAAAAGCUGAGGGAACAGUUGGCCAGGGACUCUCUAGGCAAGGACCAGCAAGCAGAGGUAAGUCCUCAGGUUGGGUGGAGAAUCCUACUUUCCAGACAUCUACAAGGUACUCCAAGGAUGAGGAAGGACUAAGUGGUGGGUUUUCCUAUGAGCCAGGCUAUGCUGACUGCAGUGCUGCUAAGCUGUGCCCUGCUGCUGGCAUUGCCAACCACGCUUGGGGCCCAAAUGGGAUUGGCACCCCUGGAGGGCAUCAGAAGGCCUGACCAGGCCCUGUUACCAGAGUUCCCAGGCUUAGGCCUGCAAGCUCUGCUGAAGAAGACGACUGCAGAACAAUCAGAAGAGGCUCUGCUACAGAAGGCAGAAGCUUUGGCGGAGAUGCUAGACCCGCAGAACCGUGAGCUCCGUUCCCCGCGCCGCUGUGUAAGGCUGCACGAGUCCUGCCUGGGACAGCAGGUACCAUGCUGUGACCCGUGCGCCACUUGCUACUGCCGCUUCUUCAAUGCCUUCUGCUACUGCCGCAAGCUGGGUACGGCCACCAACCCCUGCAGCCGCACCUAACAGGCUAACGUUUCAGCAAACGGGCAUACGAAUAAAGGAUGGGAUCAAU